AUGGGGUUGUGUUUAUCGUUCGACUGUGGUGAUGAUUGCUGCAGCGUAAACCCCUGUUGUUUGGCGUUAACGGCCUGUUGUUGCAUCCCUUGUCUAUGCCCGAACGCUUGUGGACAGGAACAGCAACAACAACCGCCCCAGACGGUGAUUAUCCAACAGCCACCUGUGUAUAUUGAACAGCAACCAGGGUAUCCGCCACCUGGAGGCUACCCUGGAUACCCGCAGCAGCCACCACAGGGAUACCCGGGCUACCCCUCAUACAGAUAA